CAUUCAUUGAGUCACUAUUAUCGAGGUCAUGGCAGUGGCGGGCAGACUUGGACUACUCAUAUUGCUUGCUUUGGUUUGCAACACGUUGGCGUCAUGGCAAUUUUUGCCUCGCGUAUCUCGCAUGGAACGUGGGGCCCACAGAGAAGACAGCUGGAUAAACUUGACUCGCACCGCCUUGCAACAAGUCCGGCCGCUCUCCUUCAAGUUCGCUAGAGCCCCUCACUUCAUGGUGGCGGCGGAGCUCUGGCCACCUCACGUGUACAUCGAACAGUCCCUCUCGUCUGGCGCCCUCCGAGUCACCGGUCCGAUGGGUCAGCUCAUAGACAUCCUUGCAGCUUCCCUCAAUUUUACGUACAGCGUGGUACAGAAGGACGGUUACUGGGGUGCGCCACAAGCAGAUGGGUCCUGGAAUGGCAUGAUCGGUACUGUUCUGAGACAGGAGGCAGAUAUCGGGCUGGGACCUUUUGGAAUGUCAGACUCCCGCAGCAAAGUGGUAGACUUCACUAUUCCCGUGUUCCUGGAGAUGCUGCACGUGCUGGUUAACCGCCCCCUCCCUCAGCCCGACCCUGCAGGCUUCCUGGCGCCCUUCACGUGGUAUGUUUGGGUGGGAAUACUGGCUGGUCUUUCGUGCGUAGUUGCGACCAGCGUCAUCGUGGUGAAGCUGUUGGGUGUUGGCGGCCACCUUGAUGUGUGGCACCAUGUCUGGGCCUUCUAUAGUGUCACCGUUAGUCAGAACCUCCCGUGGAUACCUAAAGCAGACACAUCGAGGUUCACCUUCUGCUUGUGGAUGCUGCUUGCCGUGGUCAUAGUGCGCAGCUACAGCGGUGCUCUGACUUCACUCCUGGCGGUAAAGACAGUGGCGGUGAAAUACGACUCUCUGAGGGACGUACUGGACGACACUGGCCUCACGCUGCUCAUGGAGGGCUCCACUGCUCUCACCACUCAUCUCCAGACGGUGAAGGAAGGAGUCUACGCUGAUUUAGCGAAGGAGAGUCGAGUGAGGGCUAAGUACGUGAAAGCCAGCGAAACAUAUGCCGCUGCUUAUGACCUUAUCCCCGAUGGGCGCCACGCCAUGCUGGUGGAGAAUGUGGUCUGCAGAAAGGUGUACUCAGAUUAUUUUAGCAUGACAGGUCGGUGCGAUUUUUACAUGUCUACCAAAAAUUUUUGGCGUCUUAUUUAUGCAAUGAUUGUCCAGCGUGGAAGUCCUCUGAGACAACUGCUGGAUGUCAGGAUUCGAGCAAUACGUGAGUUUGGGAUCUACAAGCGAUGGGCUCUGGAUCAGAUGCCUAACAUGACACACUGCCUGAAAACCCCAAAGAAAAUAAAAUUUCAGGAGCCAUUUUCAUUAGCUGACCUCUGGGCUGUGUUUCUCUUGCUUGUGGGUGGCUUUGGAUUAGCCACUUUAGCUCUCUUCUGUGAGUUACUUUUGCCUUCUUACCUUUGUGCUGGCUGCUUCCUGUAAUACCUUCUCAUCGAAUAUACUCCCCGACUCUCGAUCAUAGGUAUUUUUUUUCAAGCUCAUCAUGCCUGUGGAAAAUGUGGUUAUUAUUGGGUAAUAAACUAGUUCUGGUAAGUGAGGUACCUUGAUCCAGAGUGAUGUUAGCGCCCAAAAGUAAAACUGGAAAAUAUGUUAUUGAAGCUUUGUGAAUUUCAAAAUAUGAUAUCCCUUCAAUGGAUUAGGAUAGUGUUAUGAAUGGUAUCAAAAUUAUCAGUAAUUAUCAGUAAUUUCCCAGUUAUAUUGAAAUUGUAUAAAGUGUCCACACAUUAUUUUCCUUUAUUUGAUCAAAUUGUUGAAUUUUCUAUGUAGUAUUAGGGUAAUAACUAUUUCUCCUUUUACUGAACUUAUCAAUUUUAUUAAGCAAAAACAUAAUUAAGCGUCAUAUGUGUAGUACUACUUCCUAAAAUGAACACAAAUGAAGAGAAUAAUACAAGUAUACGAACCUGUGACUGAAGCAAAGUAAAAUAAAAGAACUGAUAAAC